CACGUUUAUUCUUUGAAUUUUCUAAAAAAAUGUGUUUUAUUCGUGAGUUUAAUCUCUGCAUAAAACGGGGAAAUAUCUAAUUUAAAUUUUGGUAAAAAAUUAACUUAAAAAAACUGGCGCUCAGAAAUACAAAAAAGGCACUUCCUUGGGCAACAUAUUUCGUAAACUCUUUAAUUGUUAAUUUUUAAUUGUAAAAAAAUGUAUAUUUUUAAGUAAAUUAAAUUUCCGUUAAAAAUAAAAAUCAGGCAACUCUGUUUUUUGAAAUUACUAGGCAGCCCUGACAGGCAGAUGUUUAUGUAAUUAUAAACAGCUGUGCGACUGGGAACAUGUUAAAUUCAACUCUACGCCGCUUUGCUGGAGUUUCCUUGCGAAACCUGAAUCAACUGACACCCACAAUCACUAGCAUAGGACACAUCUACCCCAGAGCAACCAUGUCUCAGGAUGCAGCACAGUAUCCUCCCAUUGAGUCGGCGAUGCGAAAGGCGCUCAACUCUCAGCUGAAGCCGGUGUACCUGGAGGUCAUAAACGAAUCGCCCCAACACAAUGUUCCCAAGUACUCGGAAUCCCACUUUCGGGUGUUUGUGGUCUCAGAAAAGUUCAACGAUCUGACGCUGAUAAAGCGCCAUCGGCUGGUGAAUGACACGAUUAAAAAUGCUUUGAAAGAGGCUGGAUUUGAAUUUAUGCAUGCACUUUCCAUUGAGGCUAAGACACCAAAACAGUGGGAGCCCGAACAGGAGCCAGAGAAGAGUCCGCCUUGUAUGGGAGGCCAUGGAAAGUAAAAGCUAUCUAUGUACAAAGGAAAGACUUUACUAUACACAAAUCAAUCUUACACAAAUAUAACAAAAUCACCAAUGGAA